AUGGCGGGAGCGCAUGACCUUGACCGAUCUCGCACGCGGCGGGAACGUACGUUUGUUGGAGGGGAAUGCGCCGUGUGCGACGAGCCGCUCGAACAUACCCUACGAGGUGAACGCGUGCUACAGCUGUCAUGUGGGCACGUCUCUCACGAGGCCUGCUUCUAUGAGUAUCUGAAGGAAUUCGAUUCACAGUACUGCCCCACAUGUGAGGAGCCGUUGAGCCUGGACAGCAGAAGAGGGGGCAACGUAGUCAACCUUGAGAAGCUGAGCAGUAUCGUGCGUGGAGCGCAAACCAACGAUGGAGCUAGCAUGCACCGGAGCGCGCAGAACACUCCCACGCCUUGGGACACGCAAACUGUGCGCGGGCAAGAGGAGAACAAUCGAUCGUACCAACCGCCAGAGAGCAGAAACACGCACCACCGGGACAUGAGCAACGGGCAGGGCCAGCUCGAUGGUGCCAGCUCCAAUUCUCGAAGCCAUGCUCGGAAUGACAGCGGCACCACUGGUGUGGCGUCUUCCGGAGACUAUGCGGAAAGCAACGUUCACAACCGAAGGCACGACUACGACGUUCAAUCAAUGGAGACUAGUCUUAGUAGUCCUCGUGGCAUAAUCAGGAACCCCAUACCGGCGCCUUCUGUCACUGUCCGCAGCGAAUUUCCAACCAUCAGUCGAUCACGCCAGCAACAAAGUCUUACUUGCUUGAUAACAGUGGAAGUGAUUGAUGGGAAGUGGAAGCCCGAUCCUGAGGAUGUGGGUGCCGCCCCGGCAGUGCCCUCACUGCAUUCUUCUGGAAAACACAAUCGGACAAAGUCACCCGCUGGCAUUAAACCGGCCGAACCUCCGCACGAGAGCGCAGCAUUACUGGAGGAGAUUACGCAAGAUCUUCAUUCCCGUGUGGAUAACUGGCACGGCCUUGAUUUCUCACAAUUCGGCAAGCUUCGCCUACACGGCAACGUCCGCGUUGGCAAAGACCGUCAAUCGUGGCAGCAGCUCGAAUGCUACCUGUUCUCUGACAUGCUAAUUUGUGUCAAGGAGAAGAGGGUUGCUCAGUUACCGCAAUGGGACGGCGUUAAUGCGCCCACUCCGAAGAAAGGCAAAUGCACGCUAAAAGGAUCAAUAUUGAUUAAGAAGCACUUGAAGCAGGUCGAGUGCUCGUCAGAUGAAGGCAUUCUUACUCUCAAUCUGUCCGUUGCUGAACUGCCUUCCUUCCACCUUCAUUACGAGAACCACAACCAGCUUGACGCCUGGAGACGAGCUCUCAACGAAAUAAAUCGUCCCGAGCCACCAAGUAUACCAGACUACGAACAGGAUAGUUCCGGAACAGACGAAGAAGAUGGCCAAAACAACCAUGACAGGAGGGUCUCUUCCCUAAUCUCCUCUUACGGUGCCGGUAGGUCGAAUGCCACAGCGCCAACGGAGUACACCAAUUCUCGCAUCGGCGCACCGGAGUCAAGAAUCGGCUCGUCGAUUCAUAUUCCAAUCGACAUAGUCGUUGUCAUUCCUGUGUCUUCGUCAAUGCAAGGCCUCAAGAUCAACCUACUUCGCGAUGCGCUGCGAUUUUUGGUCGCCAACCUCGGUGACAGGGAUCGGAUGGGGCUGGUCACUUUUGGCUCAAGCGGGGGCGGGGUGCCUCUGGUAGGGAUGACCAGCAAGACCUGGAAGGGUUGGCCUAAGAUACUCGACUCGAUACGCCCAGUUGGACAAAAGAGCUUGCGAGCAGACGUGGUCGAGGGUGCCAAUGUGGCAAUGGACUUGCUCAUGCAGCGCAAGUCCAACAACCCUCUCUCCAGCAUACUGCUCAUCAGCGACUCCUCCAUUUCUGAUGCGGAAAGUGUGGAUUUUGUGGUGUCGCGCGCAGAGGCGGCCAAAGUCGCUAUUCAUUCUUUCGGUCUUGGCUUGACGCACAAGCCGGACACUAUGAUUGAGCUCUCCACUCGGACUAAGGCAUCGUACACCUACGUCAAGGACUGGAUGAUGCUCCGAGAGUGCGUGGCCGGCUGUCUAGGAUCCUUGCAGACGACGUCGCAUCAGAAUGUGAAGCUGAAGCUGAGGCUUCCGGAAGGGUCUCCUGCCAAAUUCGUCAAGAUCAGCGGAGCGCUGCAGAUCACGAAGCGGGCGACUGGGCGAGAUGCCGAGGCAGCGCUCGGUGAUCUUCGCUUUGGCGAUAAGAGAGAUAUCCUCGUGCAGCUCGCGAUUACCCCAGAUUCUGGAUCGCCCGAACAGCUGCCACAAGACCCCUGGGAGACGAUUGUUUCGGGGCUCGAAGCCCUCGGAGGCCCUCUAGAUCAAGAGGAUCACCCGAGCACGAGCGUCGAAGAGGUGCCUCUCAUCCAGGCGGACCUAAGCUACGGGGACAUCCUCCGCGAAGGCGCGAUUGCGCAUUCACCGCGGCCAUCUUUACUAGCCAUAACGAUGCUUCCUGCAGCCUUCAAACCGAAAUCCGGACCUCCAACCACUCCACCAAUACCACCACACCCUUCGGUCGUCCAGCGCAGGAUGGAGCUCCUGACCUCCGACAUGCUCUCCCGAGCCCUCACCCUCGUCUCCCGCGGCCAACAAGAACGCGCACACCACCUCCUUAGCGAAACUCGCAGCAUCCUCCGCGGCCUCGGAAAAGGCGGUCUGCCUCCACUACCCCCGCCUCCGGGCACAGCGCUGCGCUCGCCACCAUCAAGCGCGCACAGCGCCGGCGCGGGGAACACCUCGCCUACCACGACCGAUGCCUCGUCUUCCUCAUUCAUGGGCGCCGGCGGAGAAGGAGCAGGCAAGGCGCGUACGCCGUCGCCGCAUGCUUCGGAAACGCGCUUCGUGCCCGCUGCCGGCAUCGAUGUCCAUACCGUGCAUGCCCUCGAUGCGGAGCUCGAGUCCAGUCUGGAGUGGAUCAACCAUCCCGCGGUGUUUGGCCGAGACUCCCGGAAGGCGGUCUUGCAGGCCAUCGGGGUUAUCAGCAGCCAGCGCGCGUACACCUUCAGGACGCCUAUUGAAGGCCUGUGGGCGGGCAGGAUUGCGGGGGUGAGGAGGUUGGCAGAUGCAAGCAGGGUAUGGCGCGAGGGCGGGGAUGAGGCGCUGAUGGAGGAGAGUUGA